AUGGCCCACAACCUCGGCGCUAUUAGUGUCGUAUUGCUCGAUAUCGAAGGAACCGUUUGUCCCAUAUCCUUCGUCAAAGAUGUGCUGUACCCGUAUGCCGUCGAUGCCCUUCCGGCAGCCCUAGACAAGCAAUGGGACAAUCCCGAAUUCGCAGUCUACCGUAAUGCAUUCCCUGAGGACUGCGUGUCUGAUCGAUCAGUCUUCGAGGCGCACUUCCGCGACCUCGUCAAACGCGAUGUCAAGGCCUCGUACCUCAAGGCCCUCCAGGGCUACCUCUGGAAAGAGGGCUACAAGUCGGGUGAAAUCAAGGCGCCUCUCUUUCCGGAUGUCGCUGAACGUCUUUUGUCCUGGAAAGACGCCGGCCUACGCCUCGUCAUCUACUCCUCUGGCUCUGUUCCCGCCCAGAAGCUCUUCUUUGGCUACACAGAUGCUCAGCCGGCGGACUUGACGCCCCUCAUCUCGGGCUGGUUCGACACGGUCAACGCCGGCCUCAAGACUGAGCCCGGCAGUUAUGCCUCCAUCCUGUCAAACUUCGCCGACACCAAGCCUGAGGAAUGGCUCUUCCUCAGUGACAACCCCAACGAAGUCACAGCCGCAAUCAAGGCCGGAAUGCAGAGCAUUCCCGUCGUCCGCCCCGGCAACGCACCACUCCCGGACGACCUGAGCCCAACGUUGCAGCCGAUCAGAGACUUCAACGAACUCAAGGGCCUUGGAUCAAAACACUGA